AUGUUUGCCACCACGACAAUUGCUCUCUUUUCACCCCCACUGAAGCAUCCUAAUCACUCGAUGGACUCGCCCGACAUGGAGCUCGAUCUCGACGAAUUGGCAUAUCCUCCCUCUCCCACAUCCUCUUCGCUUUUCCUUCCAUCUAGCUCCUCCCCUCCUCAUGUCACUGACUCCUGGUUACCUUCUCAAUCUAAUGCCAAAUCCAGCGUUCCAAACUCAUCGGUCCACACUUCCUGCUCCACUCAAAGCGCGCAAUUAUCCGGUCACCAGUUCUGCAGUGCCCGGCCGCAACAAACAGUCAAUGUCCACAGUGGUAUCGCAUCUUGCCAUGAACACGCGGCUUCGUCGGCCUCAUCUACGAAACUCUGCCCCGAUUUGCUUCCUGAUCGAGCGUUAUGUUCUACUGACGAUCCCAGCCAGAUAUGCCCGGGAACGCAAGAUGGAUGCGCUUGCUCACAGCAGGCAAUACAUCACCAAAUAUGCCCUCAGACCUACCAACUUCGUUCCAAGAUUGAAACUCUCGAAACGAAUUCGAAAAUACAGCAGGCGAAAAGCUACUUACAAGCUCUAGCCUUGCAGCACUUCUUUCAGCGUAUGUCAGUCUCGGUAGACGAACAUAAGAAGAUGCUCGACGCGGUGUUCGGGAUGUUCGCCGAGCUCCAGAACACGGUGGCAUCGAUAUCCUCGGAGAAUACGGCGGCUAGUUCGCGCGCAGAGCAAGAUAUGGAGUGGAUCCGGCCUGCACAAUCAUCCUGGAAACAUGCAUUGCGCGAGCGGGAUGCGCUACCGAAUCCUUUCACAAAUCAAUCUCUCCCACCCUUUUUGGAUCUGUAUUCUCUAUCACGACAGUCAGCUUCGUCUCCCAGCAUCUUCGGCACACCGACACUCCUAACUAAACCGGACAACGCCUGUGGACAUGCGGGUCGCUGAAUCGCUUGCAGCGACGAUCAGCGUAACACUUUGACUCGUAUUAAAGAAGAACUAUACAUGUAUCGCAGUGCAGUCAGAGCUAUUAGCGCUAUUCAUUCACUCAGCUAGACGGAAGGUUUGCACGUGAUUGGACUUUGACUCCUCACUGUGCGCUUCGCAAAUUCCCAUGUAUGCUGUAGAUAGAUGGCGGAUGCUCGUUCAGGCUCAUUCUGGCAUUCAUCCAGAUCUGCUGCUGGUACACCCGAUGCAGCGCAGUUAAAGGUGGCCAUGGCAGAAAUAACCAAAGUUACAGGUUGACUAUGGACUUUGAUCCAUGUUCUUAUAUUCCUGUACACUUUCU